GGGAAAAUAUAAUAAAUUAGACCUGCCAGUAGCAUGACAUUCCACACCCGCACACGGUACGUAGUAGACUCUACAAAACCAUAGUUUCGGAUAUGGUGGCGCUCGAGAUCCUCCACGAAGGAAGGGGAGGGGGUUCGUGGAAGGCAGUGCCGUCAAUCUGACAGGGCAGCCGGAAUGCUUGGUCUCUGAAUCUGCGGCUGCGGCUGCCGUAUGACCGGACAACCGGGAUGGUGGUAUGGAACUGCCGUGAACCAGACGCCGAAGGUCGAAGGCACAUUGGGUGGGGAUCGUGGACAUGGAGGCAAGUUUGGGGUUAGAGGAUCGAAGCAAAAUCGAGAGGAACGAGGAAGAUGGCGAUAUCGUCAUCGACGAAAGAGAGACACCGGCGCACAGUUCUGAGCAUUGCGGUGAAGUCGCGCGUGCUGGUGCUCACAUUAUUUUUCGUGUGGCGAUGGCUGGCGGACCCGUAUGAUACAUCGGCGGAGUUGAAUCGGCCCUGCCUGGCGGAAAAUUCUGCUUGGAGUGCUGACAUCGACGGGGCGACGGAUGCCGAUCGCUGGGCCCCGAGGCUAGGGCGGGCAAUCGAGAAAUCUGUGGUUUGGGACGGAGUGUACUAUGUCAAAAUUGCGGAAUGCGGUUAUGAGUAUGAGCAGGUUCAUGCGUUUCUGCCACUUCUUCCUCUCCUGAUGCGCUUCGUUGCGCGGACUUUCUUGCCAAAGUUGAUCCCGUUGUUGGGGCUGAGGGCGACUCUGGCCCUUGCGGGUUACCUCAUCAACAAUGUCUCCUUCGUUCUCGCCGCCUAUUUUCUCUAUCGGUUGACGCGUGCUCUGUUGGAAGACGAGAAGUUGGCGCUCACGGCUGCAGCUCUUUUUUGCUUCAACCCUGCGUCCGCAUUUUACUCUGCAGUUUAUUCGGAGAGUUUAUUCGCCCUCCUUUCAUUCACAGGGCUCGUGUGCUUUGUAAGCGGAGCAAAAUGGCCAUCGAUUGUUUUCUUUGGCCUCUCGAGUGGCGUGAGAUCGAACGGCAUUCUGCACGCAGGGUUCUUUCUGUUUCAGGCUAUGCACAAGGUCUUCCAUCUGGCGAGUUUGCAGAGAAGUUCAAUGCGAAUUGUGUCGAUUGUCCUUGUCGCGAUACUGCAAAGUGUUGCCGUUGCCGCUCCCUUCUUGGCUUUCCAAACCUACGGAUACUUCCAGCUCUGCCAUGAUCAAAUUCGUUCGCCUCCUCGCCCCUGGUGUAAAUCUCCACUGCCUUACCUCUACGGCUUCGUGCAGAGCCAGUACUGGCAAGUAGGGUUUUUGCGCUACUUCCAGCUCAAGCAGCUACCGAAUUUCUUACUCGCCUCUCCGAUGCUCAGUCUUGCAAUCUUUUCCAUCUUUACAUACGCGAAGAAACAGCCCAAACUUCUAUUCUCAUUAGGAUUGGCUGCUUCUCCAUCGACGCAGUCCAAAGUUGCGAUGUUCAGCCACGUAGAUGAGAUGACUUUCUUAGCUAAAGGGAAAGGAGCAAGCAAGGGACCUGGUGGAGAAGAUUACAAGGUCGCCAGCAGAGGAUUUUUCUCUCCGGCAGCUGUGUGCUUUUUGAUCCAGCUCUGCUUUAUGACAGCAGUUGCCAUGUUCGUCAUGCAUGUGCAAGUGGCUACUCGGUUCUUGUCGGUGAGCCCGCCUGUGUACUGGUGUGGAGCACAUCUACUCCUGAACGGUGGUGCGAGAGGGAAGACCGGGAAGCUUAUAUGGAGUAGCUUCCUCGCGUAUGUCAGUGUCGGCUCUUUGUUGUUUAUCAACUUCUAUCCAUUCACCUGAAGGAGACAUUUCAAACUCAGAGACCUAUUAUGUGCACAACUUCGUGUAGUGAGAAACCUGAAAGUGCUCUGCUGCCAAGAAUCAACUGAAAUGUAAUCUCAAGCCGCUCUCAGCAGCAAAAGUGCAUGUCCAUCAGCUGCUGAAGUCUCGUGAAUUCACUCAGCCCUCCUUGUGCAAUGCUCGGGAACAACUGGACAAGAGCAACGACAAUCUCCAAAUGUGAAGCAGUUCAAGUGGGAUCCAGAUGGGCUAUUCCAGAGCUCAAUCUUCCAUCCAUCGAAUCUCGACAGCGCGAUGGUACGGAUGGAAGCCAUUCCUUUUCAACUUGUGCCAGCUCCAUUUUAUUCAACGAGAAGAGGAAUAUCUGGGGCGCUUAUGAGUUACCAAUAAUUUUAUUGGAACCCAACCCCUAACCGCAACACAUACAUCUCACUUCAAAAAUGAGGUGCUGAUACACGAGGAGUUUCAUAAUCAUCAUCGCAGAAUGUGCACUUUAGUACGGUGGCACUCAACACAUUCCAUCACAAUCCUUGUUUCACCGCUCUGCUAUCAUAUUAGGCGAUAAUCUGCAGAUUAAAGGACAAACAGAAUCUGCCAAAUGGUCUAAUGGAAACUUUCUUCUAUUUACACCUAGAAUAAAAUACACAUUUGUGUAUUUUAUACAUAAUAAUUUUUUUUUAUAUACAUAAUUCCGAAAACAUUAUGUAUUUAUCUUGAGUCGG